AUGCAGAGGGGACUUGGAGGAGAUGGCACCCUCUGUAUCAAACACCCCACCCAGAUUACCCCCCCUGGAGCAGAACACAGUUCGUUGAGGGCGCUGGGUUUUGCCGCACGGCUCAUUUGUUUGCUCAAAGCCCAGGUAGCCACUGAGCUCUGGAACAGUUUCCGGGGACUGCUCGGAGCCCACUUUCCCUCAGAAGAACCCAACCAAGCCAGCUGGGGCAGCAGCAGCAAACUGUGUCGGCAGGCUGGAGGGGACGGGGCUGCGAGGGGCCCAAGUGGAGCGCGGCAGCUCUUCAGGAAGCUCUGUUUGGCGUCUGCCCUGGCAGCCACUCACCACGAUGCCCAACGCUACGAUUUCCGGGAUCCGCCUCUGAGAGGGCAGAGUGAGGGGACACACGUGCAAGGUGGGCGCUCUAGGGGCUGGAGUCACUGGAGUCACUGGAGUCACUCACUGACCCUUGUGAAAGGAGUGCAACUCUUUGAACCCUUCUGGCUCUGUGAUCCUCUCCCCCUGGACCAGGGCAGCGGUUGGCCAACGACAGCCUGCCGGCCAAGCCGGCCCUGCCUGCUGCUGCAGGCCGUGUCAGCGGGACACAGUGCGGCCACAGGGACAUCACAGCUGCUCUCGAGCGGGCGCGGCAGAGGUGAGCAACCACGGCAGAGGGCCUGGUGCCCAAACCUAGAACCUUUACUGUCUGAUCUCUAAAAAGAAAAAGCCUGCUCCCUCCCGUUCUGGAAGACUGAAGUGAGAGGCGGGCUCGGGGGUGCCCUCCUUCUUCCCACAGCAGUAAGCUUUCUCUUCCACGUUCCUGGGAAAGACAGAGCUACUUCUUUUGCCCAUGAAAAAAGACGGAAAUUCUGAGAAUAGAAAGGGUUUACUGGCUCCGGGAGAUUGAUGUCCAUGUCUUGAUCAGGUACAACAUCAGGUACUGCACAUGCUAAGUAAUUACACCUACCGACCUGCAAGUAGGUGCAAAAGGUCUGCUGAAUACCUACAGUGAAUGUUCUAGAACCCUGAACUUUGUGGAGAAUUAGGCAGUAGGAAGCCUAGCAUGUGGCACCUUCCUGCAAUCUCAAGUUCAAGGCCACCCUGAGUGAGACCCUAAUGCAAAAGAAAAAAUAAAAAGGGCUGGGCUGUGGCUCAGUGGAGCGGCCUGGGUUCAGUCCCCAGCAGUGGGGAAGAGGGCAACGCAGUUCAAGCUUUGGGGCUGACCAGGUUUUGAAGGGAGGGACCACCAGCACCUAUGUGUGUGCCUGUGGUACCAGCACUCUGGGAGGCUGAGGCAGGAUGAUUGCAAGUUCAAGCCCAGCCUGGGCAACUUAAAGACUCAG